GAAUAUGACAGCUAUGACAGUAUGGAGAGUCCAUGUGAGAUGAAUAGUAAUUCAGUAAACCUUCACGUUAAGUACUAUCUCCAGGUCUACGUGCACUCCCUUAUCUGCAUUGUAGGUUUCAUUGGCAAUGUCCUGGUGAUCCUUACAUAUGCUUUCUAUAAGCGCACCAAGUCCAUGACAGAUGUUUACCUACUUAACGUGGCCAUAGCAGAUGUCCUGUUUGUAGUGGCCCUGCCUCUGAUCAUCUUUAGUGAGCAGAGUGGCUGGGCAUUGGGUGAUUGGUCCUGCAAGCUGUUGCGUGGAGUCUACAGCAUCAACCUGUACAGCGGCACCCUACUGCUGGCUUGCAUCAGUUUAGACCGCUACUUGGCUAUUGUACAAGCUCGCCGCUCUUUCAGAUUCCGCUCAAGCAUGAUGGUCUACAGUUACAUGAUCUGUUCAGUAGUCUGGCUUUUAGCCUUGCUCCUGACUAUGCCCACUUUCAUCUACUACGAGCGCUACAUACUCAGUGAAACAUUCAAUACAACAUUUCUAGAAUAUACAGAGAUUUCUGAUAGUACAUACUUGACUGAGGAGCCUUGGACUUCAACUCCUUCACUUCCACUCAACUUGCAAGAGGAGCAACAUGUUUGCUUCUUCCGCUUCAAGGACAACAACAGUGCAAAGCAGGUCAAGGUACUAGCGCCAAGUGCCCAGGUGGCUAUAGGGUUUUGCUUACCAUUGCUGGUCAUGGGCUUCUGCUACUCCAGUGUGGUGUUCACACUCCUGCGUGCCAAGAACUUCCAAAGACACAAGGCUGUGCGUGUGGUCCUGACUGUGGUGCUGGUCUUCGUCAUCUGUCAUCUGCCCUACAAUGCAGCACUGCUCUACGACAUCAUUUACAUGUUCUCCAGUACAGAAUGCAGCGAUUAUAACAACACACACCUGCUGCUGAUCCUCACAGAAAGCCUGGCCUACCUGCACUGCUGCCUCAACCCACUGCUCUAUGCCUUCAUUGGUGUCAAAUUCAGGAACCACUUCCGCAAGGUUGUGGAAGACCUCUGUUGCAUUGGGGCACGGCGCACGUCACGAGUCACCUCUGAGGCGUACUUACCCUCCCGAAGGUCUGUAGACAGCUCAGGGAACGAAAAUGGCACCUCCUUCAGCAUGUAAAAAAUUGUCUAUCCCUGGUAAACAGUUAAAGCUGAGGUGUAUUAAGACCAUCAGGUUUGUGGUU